AUCCCCAAGAGGCUAGCUUCUCCUACAAAAUCUUCGAUCGCCAUGUCGCUCUUCGGACCCACUCCCCGUGUCAACGCCGCCCGUCUGGCACAAUACAAAUCUCAAACCGUCCGCCUGACCGGCAAGGUCGUACGUAUGGAUGGGGAUACUGCUAUUAUCGAGGCGAGCGAUGGGGGUCAGGUACAAAUCAAGCUUCAUCGGGAAGCCAACAUUUCCGAUCCAUUCGUCGAGAUCCUAGGAAAAGUGAAUGACGAUCUGACUAUCAAGGUGUUCAGCAGUAUGAACUUGGGAUCCGAUCUUGACCUAGGAGUGGUGGAAAAAGUCGUCCAGCUCGCACAUACAGACAAGGCCAGCGGGGUCUUUUCCGACUGAUCGAUCGAGUUUUCAAUCACGCCCCCAUGCAUCGAGUACGUCCUAUGAGUCUGUUCUCGUGUAGGUCUCGACGACAAGCUGAACAGUCAUUGUGUUUCUCGAUCCACUGUCCAAAUCCGAAUUGCCAUAGGUUAUGUACCACCUUGUACCUACUAGUUCCCAUACUGUAAUCAAUCAAUUCAUCCGUUCCGUGGAAUCGCUCGUAAAUAAAUGUAGAUCUCUUGAGCGAGUCUUGAGUGGAUUU